AUGUCCAUGCCGGAGACGUUCACCGUGAAGGUCGGGGAGGCUACGCCGGCAGCCGGCGGCAGGCCGUCGGCCGGGUCCGUCUACCGGAGCAUCUACGCCAAGGACGGCCUCAUGGAGCUCCCACAGGACAUCCAGUCCCCCUGGGACUUCUUCAGUGGAGCAGUCAAAAAGUACCCCACGAACAGGAUGCUCGGCCGGCGGCAAGUUAUUACAGAUGGCAAGGCCGGUGAGUAUGUGUGGCAAACGUACGAGGAAGUGUACCAGAAGGUCGUGAGGAUUGGUUCAGCCAUCAGAAGCUUGGGCAUAGAGCCGGGAGCUCACUGUGGCAUAUAUGGAUCCAACUGCCCGGAAUGGGUUAUGGCCAUGCAGGCAUGCAACAGUCAAGGAAUAUGUUAUGUGCCACUAUAUGACACCCUCGGAGCGAAUGCUGUUGAAUUCAUCAUGGACCAUGCUGAGAUAUCCAUUGCCUUUGUCCAGGAGAGCAAGAUCAAAUCAGGAAAACAAGACUACAAACUUCCCAAGAAAUGCAAGGAAGAUAUUUGUACGAUCAUGUAUACCAGCGGAACAACUGGAGAUCCCAAAGGCGUGAUAAUCACAAACAGGGCUAUCAUUGCUGGUGUUAUGACCACAGAACACCUCCUCAAAGAGACAGAUAAAGUGAUCACAGAAGAGGAUUCCUAUUUUUCCUACCUUCCGUUAGCACAUAUAUUUGAUCAAGUAAUUGAGAACUACUGUAUUUCUAAAGGAGCCUCCAUCGGAUUCUGGCAAGGGGACAUUAGGUAUCUGAUGGAGGAUGUACAAGUGAUGAAACCGACAAUAUUUUGUGGUGUUCCUCGUGUUUAUGAUCGUAUAUAUACAGGUAUAAACAUGAAAAUUCAGUCCGGAGGGAUAAUAGCCAAACACCUUUUUCAGUAUGCCUACAACUACAAACUUGCCAAUAUGAGGAAAGGGCUGAAGCACCAUGAAGCAUCACCAUUUUUCGACAAGAUAGUUUUCAGCAAAAUAAAGGAAGGGCUUGGAGGGCGUAUACGCCUCAUGAUAGCAGGAGCAGCACCUUUGCCAGGGCAAAUCGAAGAGUUCAUGCGGGUAACCAGCUGCAGCGUUGUAGUACAAGGAUAUGGGCUCACUGAGAGUUGUGCAGGAUGCUUCACGUCAAUCGCCAAUGUUUUCUCAAUGAUUGGAACAGUUGGCCCUCCUGUCACAACAAUCGAAGCACGACUGGAGUCUAUCCCUGAAAUGGGCUACGAUGCACUGUCAGACAUGCCCCGGGGUGAGAUCUGUUUGAGGGGCCACACCAUGUUCUCUGGGUACUACAAGCGCCCUGGCCUCACUGAAGAAGUGUUCUCAGAUGGGUGGUUCCAUACAGGUGAUAUUGGGGAGUGGCAACUCAAUGGCUCGAUGAAGAUCAUUGACAGAAAGAAAAACAUCUUCAAGCUGUCCCAGGGAGAGUAUGUAGCAGUUGAGGUCCUAGAAAGAGCAUACAUGCAGUCACCUCUUGUGGCAUCGGUCUGGGUCUAUGGGAACAGCUUUGAGUCAUUCCUUGUUGCCGUGGUUGUCCCUGAGACGCAAGCUCUCGAGGAAUGGGCAGCAGCCAACAAGGUGGCCGGCGAUUUUGCAAAGUUGUGCAUUGAUCCCAAAGCAAGGAGUUACAUUCAGGAUCAGCUGAACCAAACUGGCAAGAAACUUGGGUUGAGAGGCUUUGAGAUGCUGAAAGCAAUUUACCUUGAGCCGGUGCCUUUCAGCAUCGAGAAGGACCUCAUCACUCCAACCUUUAAGCUCAAGAGACCCCAGCUGCUCAAAUAUUACAAGGAUCGCAUCGAUCAGAUGUACAAGGAUGCCAAGGAGGGAAGGACUGCACCAUGA